GGUGGAACGUGCAUUGCCCUUGGAACCCCUGGAUGACCGCAUGGAAGAGAAGGUGUUUAAGCUCGACGUUGUCAUUGCAGUUACAAGUGACACAAAGCCGCACAUUGAGUCCGUUCCCUCCGUGAAGUUGUUAAGCCACCAGGUGAAUGGGGUUUGUAAGGAUAUCAUUGGUAUUGUGAAACACAUUCCUCGCCUAGAGGAAAGCCUACGCGCCCGCAUUGCGGAGGAGACUGAGGGCGAUAACGAAGCACUCAAACGGACACCAUUUUCCUACAUGAAAUCUACCGAGGACAGUGUGGCUUUGCGUGGCACUUACUUUGAAUACAUGACGAGUGAACAAGACGCCAUUCACUCACUGCGCCGUGUGCGUGAAUCAUUUGACGCUGUUGAAGAAAAGGUGCGGGACAAAUUGAGCCAAACGUGGCAGCUACAUCAGUCCGGUACCACGGAUACUCUGUGGACGACGCAAAAACAAGAUCGUCGUAUCAAACAGGGCUGGAGACUUGAGGAUUACCGCAUUCAUAUGGACCACGUGGCACAACGACGCGAGGGUAUCAAUAAACAAGAAACCUUCUCGGAUGUUCUCUUCUUGCAGCUUGAUUUUACAAAGAUGAAGGAAAGCUUCCGCGUACAAUGUCAGUUGGUGAUCAAGCACUAUCACAGUCUCUUGUAUGCGGAUGCCAGGGAAGAGGUAGAUCGCAUCUACAACCACUUCAGCGCCACGGUACAAGCACUUACAAAAGAGCCUCAAACAUUAGACGAGCUUGGGGACCAGAUAAAAAAAUGUGCCGCCGCUGUGGAAUCGCUACCGGACAUUUCUGCAAAGUUCGAACCCAUCGCCGACACGUUUGUUUUAAUCACAAACGAUCUUUACAACCACGGCAGUGUUAGCCGAGAGGAUGUGCGACGAUGCGAGCAAUUGCCAGUGGCGUUCGAGGAGUACUCGGAACAACUUGUAAAGGCACGCCAACUCCUUGCCAAGUAUAAAGAACAGUUCCGAAAUGACUUGGAGACGGACGUACGUGCGCUUGUGUCAAACUCAUUUGCGCUCAGGCAGAAGGUA